AUGACUACUGAAUCAACUCCUUCUCCUUUUCUUGAUUUCAAUAACCUCACCAACCCAUAUAGACUUGAUCAUGGUGAUAACCCCUCCCUUCCCUUGGUCCCUGACCUUCUUACCAUUGAAAACUACACAACUUGGUCAAGAGCUAUGUGUAGAGCUCUUCGUGCCAAAAAUAAGUUGGGAUUCAUCAAUGGAACUUUGACAAAACCAAAAACUGUCACUGACCCUCUAUAUGAUGCAUGGGAAAGAUGCAAUGAUCUGGUUGUGUCUUGGCUUCACAACUCUAUCCAUCCAUCCCUCAAAUCCAGCAUUGCUUUAGUAGAUGAUGCUACACAAAUAUGGGGUGAACUCAAAGAUAGAUUUACUCAACAGAAUGGUCAUAGAAUUUUUCAGCUCAAAAAGGCAUUAACAGGUUUGCAACAAGAUAAUGACUCAGUUAGUGUGUAUUUUGGCAAGCUUAAAACUCUGUGGGAUGAACUUAGUAUAUAUGACCCUAUGCCUGGAUGUAUUUGUGGCAAGUUGACUAUCUUGCUUGACAGAUACCAAAGGGAUUGUCAGCAAGAGAUGCAACAUGGCAUGCUGUCUGCUGUUCCUUCAGCCGACACAAUGGCCCUUGCUGUCAAACAACCAUACCCUUCCCCUAAAUUCUUUUCUAAAACACCUCAGCAACCAAAACUUGAGAUACUUUUCUGCACUCACUGCAAAAUCCAGGGUCAUGUUCUUGAUACUUGUUUUAAGGCAGGUAAUGCCUUAGCCCCUACCUGUACUCACUGCCAUAUGACAGGCCAUAUAGCAGAAAAGUGCUACAAAUUACAUGGCUAUCCACUUGGGCACAAACUUCAUGAUAAGACCAAGCAACAUCGUUUUCCCUUUGCCAACAUGGCAUCAGUCGAGCUAGAAGAUUCCUCAGAUCACAAGUUAACCUUCACCAAAGAGCAAUAUCACCAACUGUUGUCUCUACUACAACCAAAAGAAGUGUCCAUUGCCAAUCAUUCAGUCAACACUGUCAAGGCAAAUUGCACACACCCUUCUACCAUGAAUGGUAUUAUUUCUUGUUUCACUUCUUUCACCCCCACACACACACCUUGGAUCAUUGACACUGGUGCUACAGAUCACAUGAUCUGCAGUACCACUUCUUCUCAUCCAUUACCUCUCCAGUAUCUUUUAUAG